AUGAACUGCAUUUCACCCAACGUCUUUCAAUGCCCAGCGUCUGAGCUGAGAAGAACUGUUACAAAAUAUACAAAUGAAUAUCUUUCUUUCUAUGGCAGAGCCACAAUGUCAAUUAGCAGAAGAGCUUUCAAUGAAAAUAGUAUAGUACUAGUAACAGGAGGUUCUGAUGGAUUAGGCUUGGAGAUUGUAACACAGCUUGUACACAAGAACAUCAUGAAAAUCAUUGUGAUUGAUGUAUCACCCCCAAAGAUACCAUUUAGUGAAGAUAAAAUUGAAUUCUAUAAAUGUGAUAUAACAAACUUAAAUGCAAUAAAAAGAAUUCACAAUGAUGUCAAAGAAAAAUUUGGCCACAUUUCAGUGUUGGUUAAUAAUGCUGGUAUAACAAAGAUCAAAAGCUUAAAAAAUUCGUCGUAUGAUGAAAUCGAACGAGUUAUCAAGGUGAAUUAUAUCGGCGCUUAUUACAUAAUGCAGACAUUUGUACCCGAUAUGAUAUUGAAUAGACAUGGUUAUAUUAUCAAUAUUGCAUCAAUACUUGGAACUGUGACACCUGCAAGGUUAACUACAUAUGGGGCUUCCAAAGCUGGAUUGAUUUCCUUGCAUAAUUCAGUCACUGAAAUAAUUAGAGCGUCAUUCCCGAAUGAUAGCUCAAUACAAACAUUGCUAGUUUGUCCAGGGAAACUUAGUACAAAUAUGUUUGCUGACGUUUACACACCGUCAAAAAUCCUGGCGCCGGACAUCAACGCUACAACACUGGCAAAAAACAUUGUCGAUACAGUUUCAGAUGAUACAAAAAUGAGUACUCUUAAGACUCCAUACUAUACAAACAUUGUUCCCAUUUUUAGACGUCAAUUAGGAUGGCCUUAUUUGUGGCUACUAAAAAAAAUAAGCAGUAUGGAUGAAGUGACUGCCAUAUGA